UAAUUACAAGCACAGCUGUGUUUAAUUAACUAUUGGUCACUCCACUCAGAGUGCAGUUUGAACUCUACUUAGAAGGAUGACAUUCUCAAGCACUGCUUCUCUGGUAAUCGACAAGAUCAAAGCAUUUCAGCCUCUCUUCCUUAUACUGCUGGGAUUGGUGCUAUUGUCAUCUUCCAUCUACCUUCUUAUAUACACAUUAAGGAUUCCACAUGCACAGCAAUAGACAUCCAAGUACUCCUAUUGUAUCACUCCUAAUGGUGCUCAUAAGACUUCAAGUCUGAUGUUUCAUAUUUCAGAAAAUUGUGAAAACCACCUUCCUUGACCCAACUUGAAAACAAACUUCAGCAGUUCUUCACAUCCCAUAACACUAAUGACGGUUGGAACUUUACAAGGACAAAGAUGUUUAUCACCUCCUUCAAAAACUGUAAAUGUCUUCGACUUAACACCAAAAUUAAAAGAAAACUUGGAUACCACAGAGAUAAGCUCUGCCAAAGAGAGAGCUGCUCGGAUAACAUUAUGUGUUAUUUUAACAAUGGUGAUCUUAACUGCAGUGUCUCUGCUACUCGGUGAGGCAUUAGGUCUGCAGUGGACCUUGUGUUCCAAGCCGCACAACAAAACGGCCCAGGACAGCAGUUGGUACCACUGGCCCUGGAAUUGGAAGCAUGAUGGACCAUUUUUAACACCAUCAGAGUCUUAUCAGGAACGCUGGAACUCCCUGUCACUUCCAGAGAAGAGAAAAGAACUUUUCAGAGCCACUUUCGGUGAAGUUGACCUCUACGACAUGUACGAUACAGCUAAGGAUUCACACUCUGUCAACUCUGAUGAAAAAAUAUAAUGGAUUUAAAAUAACUGGACUCCACAUUGAAAUAAGUUACCAUAUAUCCCUUCCUAAUCAUAAGAAACUAAACUUAUAUUUUUUCAUUUGAAUACAGUUCUUAAAUAUAUAACUAUUUUGUAUUUGUGAAUUUAUCUGCUUGAAAAUAACCAUGCACAUAUAUUUAUAACAUGGAGUUAAAAGCAAUACAAUAUGAAAAUAAUGUUACAGAUGGUGUGUCUUUCUAUGAAAUACUAAACUGACUGAGAUACUCCUAUUGUGGUACAGUUAAUAAUAUUUCAUUCUGACUUCCUCUGCCCUAUGAAUAAAAAUAUAUCAGAGAAA